AUGGACGGAAAAGUAGGCGCCAAGAAGUCGAACAGAGCGGCCAUCGGGCAGCUACUACACGAGGAGAAGAUAGCAAGGGUCCCGAUUGAGAACAUGUUUUACAAGGACCUUCCACCGCCAUUUAUAUCGAUAGUUGGGCCCUCUGGAUGUGGAAAGAGCACACUGAUGCGGUCGAUGGUGAAGUAUUUUACGCACCAACUGAUAGAUGAGCCUAGGGGGCCUGUGACGCUGUCCUCAUCAAAAACAAGGAGGAUCACGCUUUUUGAGUCGAGGUCCGACAUCCACCAGUUCGUCGAUGUGUCGAAGAUAUCCGAUCUGGUUAUUCUUACUAUCAAUGGGGCGUGUGGGCUGGAGAUGGAGACGUUUGAGUUUCUCACCCUGCUGAUAUCCCAUGGGCUGCCCAAGGUGCUGUGUGUUGUAACCAAUGUUGACGGACGCAGCAAUCCGAAGUACCUGAAAUCGAUCAAGAAGAGGAUAUGGGAGGAGAUAUGUCCUGGAAUCAAGUUUUUCCAUGUUGGAAAGGUUGAGCUUGGAAGAUAUACAGACCCCGACCUGGGGAAGCUCUGCAGGGCCGUUGGAGUGAUGAAGUAUAGGCCGAUUGAAUGGAAGUGUAUGCAUCCUCACGUUAUUGUUGACAGGGUGGACGAUGCAUUUGUAUAUGGAUAUGUAAGGGGAGGGCUGAUUCGGAAGGACAUGGAGAUCCACAUUCCUGGGAUUGGAGACAACAGGAUGGCCGACGUGGAGGUUUUGAUAGACCCUGUCCCUAGUCACGGAGAAAACAGGCUUUCGCUGAGAUCAAAGAUUCUAUAUUCACCAAUGUCUGGGAUUGGAGGAAUCAAGAAGAAAGAUGCCGGAGAGGAGAAUAAGAUGAAGAUUGAGAUGGACCCUGGGGUGGAGAUCAAGAUUUUCAAGGGAGGGAAGGCCAUUGCCGAGGAGACUAGCAGGGAUGAACUGAGCAGCACCUCGGACAAGGACAGCGAUGAAAGUGAAGGGGGAGAAGAGUGCAUUGAGGAGCAAGAUGAGCCGAGUCUUGACUUUGAAGAGCUGAAGGAGAUGACAUCGAGCAGAUUUCAGAAGGAUGCAACGACUGAGGAGGAGCUUAUUGAGAAGUUCAAUAGAGGAUAUGAGGAGAAGGAAAAGGAAAAGGGCAACUUCUUGCUGCGAGAAAAGAGAAGGCUUGAGGAGGAGAUGAAGAGAAGCGAGGAGACGAUGGUUCCCGGCGUGGUUAUUCCCGGAAGGUAUGUCAAGGUUAGGUUAUCGAGCCACAUUCCAUUAUCUAUUGAUGAGAGCAACGUGAUUGUUCUUGGGGGCUUUCUUGUGGCCGAGAAGGAAAUGAACAUUGUGCAGGGAAAGAUUAAGAAGUACAAAUGGUACAAGAAGAUUCUGAAGACAAAUGAGCCAGCCAUCUUUUCUGUCGGGUGGAGGAGAUUCCAGAGCAUUCCUGUGUUCAGUAUGAAAGAUGCGACGCGGAACAGGAUGAUAAAGUAUACUCCCGAGUCUAUGCACUGUAACGUCUCGUUCUAUGGACCUGUUGUGCCGGCGGGGACUGGGUUUUCUGUGUACAGCGAGAAGGGCGACUUCAGGGUUCUAGCGCUAGGGACGAUAACGGAUGUUAAUGGAGAUGCAAAGCUAGUGAAGAAGCUGAAGCUGGUUGGCUAUCCCAAGCAGAUUGUGCAGAACACGGUGUUUGUCCGUGAUAUGUUUACCUCUGACCUCGAGGUGCUGAAGUUCGAGGGGGCAUCACUGAAAGCUGUGAGCGGGCUUAGAGGCCAAGUCAAGGGGCCGCACGGGAAGAACGGUGAGUACAGGGCUGUCUUUGAAGGGAAAAUGCUGAUGAGUGACAUAAUAACACUGAGGUGCUUUGUCCCUGUUGAGGUGCACAGAAUUUUUAUUCCUGUGGAUAAUCUGUUGGGGAAGUGGAGAGGGCUUCGAAGACUGCACGAGAUAAGAGAGUCGCUGGGGCUUACUCAUAGCUACGCUCCACAGAAUGAUUCUUCUAGCGAGGAAAUGGGAUAUGGCGCUGAAGAGGACUACAGCCUUCCACGGGAGAUCGAAAGCAAGCUUCCUCUUGACAAAAGAAGCAUCGCUGUUGUCAGCAGAAGGAUUGAGCUACCUGUUCCACCUGAGUGCAGGGAGAAGCACGAGAUAAAGGAUCGCAUUGUGAAGGAAAGGAUAAGAAAGGACCAGGAGGAGAAGGAGAGGAUGGAAAGUCUCCAGCGAGCGAAGGAGGAAGAGAUAGGGAAGAAAGAGAAGGAAAGAGAGCAGAGAAUCAGAAAGACCAUACAUGAUAACUACAAGGAGAUGGCGAAGAAGAGACUCAAGAAAAAGAGGUAG